AUGCUUGAUUGUGCAGAAGAGGCCUUGCCAGAAGAGGCCCUACCAGAAGAGGCCCUGCCAGAAGAGGCCCUGCCAGAAGAGACCCUGCCACAAGAGACCCUGCCACAAGAGACCCUGCCACAAGAGGCCUUGCCAGGAGAGACCCUGCCCGAAGAGGCCUUGCCAGAAGAGGCCGUGCCAGAAGAGACGGUGCCUGAAGAGGCUCUGCACGAGGAGAGGCACUGCCACAAGAGACCCUGCCACAAGAGGCCUUGCCAGAAGAGACCCUGCAUGAGGAGAGAGGCCCUGCCCGAAGAGACCCUGCACGAGGAGAGGCCCUGCCAGCAUAGGCCCUGCCAGCAUAGGCUCAGCCAGAAGAGGCCCAGCCAGAAGAGGCCCUGCCAGAAGAGGCCCUGCCAGAAGAGACCCUGCACGAGGAGAGGCCCUGCCAGCAUAGGCCCUGCCAGCAUAGGCCCAGCCAGAAGAGGCCCAGCCAGAAGAGGCCCUGCCAGAAGAGGCCCUGCCAGAAGAGACCCUGCACGAGGAGAGGCCCUGCACGAGGAGAGGCCCUGCCAGAAUAGGCCCAGCCAGAAGAGGCCCUGCCAGAAGAGGCCCUGCCAGAAGAGUCCUGCCACAGAGACCCUGCCACAAGAGGCCCUGCCAGAUGAGGCCCUGCCAGAAGAGGCCCUGCACAAGGAGAGGCCUUGCCAGAAGAGGCCCUGCCAGAUGAGGCCCUGUCAGAAGAGGCCUUGCCAGAAGAGGCCCUUUCCAGAAGAGGCCCAGCCAGAAGAGGCCCUGCCUGAAGAGGCCUGCCAGAAGAGACCCUGCACGAGGAGAGGCCCUGCCAGAAGAGGCCUUGCCAGAAGAGGCCCUGCCAGAAGAGGCCCUUCCAGAAGAGGCCUUGCCAGAAGAGGCCCUGCCAGAAGAGGCCCUGCCAGAAGAGGCCCAGCCAGAAGAGGCCUUGUCAGAAGAGGCCUUGUCAGAAGAGGCCCUGCCUGA